AUGGACGCCUCCUCCCUCCGCAUCUCCAAGUUCGAUGGAACUAACUUCCACGCCUGGAAGUUCAAGAUGCAGAUGGUGCUGGAGGAACGGGACCUAUGGGAGGUCGUCAGCGGUGAGAUCAAGGCGGAACAGUGCGAGACUCAGUUGGACCAAGCGACGUACAAGAGGAAGUCAAGAAAGGCGAUGGCAGUGAUCUGUCUAGCCAUGGAAGAUUCCCAGCUACCGUUGGUCCGGUCGGCAAGUGGUGCAUGCGACGCAUGGUCAAGGUUGGAAGACCACUUCGAGAAGAAGAGUCUUGCCAACAAGCUGUUCUUGCGCCGUCGCUUCUUCACGACAAUGAUGGAAGAAGGCGACGAUGUGCUCGAACACAUCAACAAGCUCAAGACGCUGGCGGAACAGCUAGAAGCGGUGGGGGCUCCAGUCUGCGAGGACGAUCUGGUGAUCACACUCCUCGGCAGCCUGAGUGACUCGUAUCAAUUCUUGAUCACAGCUUUGGAGUCGCGCUCAGACACUCUUAGCUGGGAGCUCGUGACGUCUCGACUGCUUCAUGAAGAAAUGAAGCGGAAGGAGCAAGGAAGUAAAGGUGAUGAAGCUUCGCAAGGUCAAGCGUUCAUCACAAGGGACAAUCAGCGCAAAGGGCGACCAGUGAAGAAUGCCCCCUCGCGCAUCCAAGAAAACACGGAGAGACACCGGCCACAGCGUGCUCAAGACAGCGGCGACCGCUAUCGAUCACAACGUGCAAACGUCGCUCAAGAAGAAGACUCGGGCGACUACCUCUUUUCGAUCGGUGAAACGACAUCUGCGAAAUCGAGCGACAUCUGGCUGGUCGACUCCGGGGCGACGCAGCACAUGACGUGCUCCAAGAAGUUCAUGCGGAACUACAAGGGGUUUGACGCUGUGGAUGUCCAUCUCGCGGAUGAUGGAAUCGUCCAAGCAAUCGGCAGUGGGGACAUUGUCAUGUCGAUGAAGACACCCCAAGGGAUGAAGAAAGGUGUGCUCACAAACGUGUGGCACAUCCCAAAGUUAUCCAGAAACCUGUUCUCGGUCGGCCGCUUCACCAAGGAUGUCGGCCCAGUGACGUUCACGAAGGAUGGGUGCUAUGGAGAAGCGAAAGGGACCAAGUGGAAAAUUGGUGCCCGUGAAGGUAAAGGACUGUUCAAGCUGCAAAUGACUCCAGUGGCGCCGGAACAAGCAAAUGCAGCCAAGUCGUCGGGAUGUCAAGGGGGCACCAAGUCGUACCUCUGGCACCUUCGGCUUGGCCACAUAGGUCACGAUGGACUCAAUUGCAUCGUGACGAAGAACAUUGAAUUGGCAUCGACAUAUCUUCGGUGA